CUCGAUGAUCUCAUGUUCUCGACUUUAAAGGUACGGGUGGGGAUACUAGGUAACACCGGUCUCGCCGGACUAUGAAUAGUUUCACCGGCAGUCAAUAGUUCCGUCUCUCGCUAAACUGAUGGAGGCCUAACUCACCUCAACUGGGUGUACUAACUUACUCAACCGAAUCACACCAGUAUAGGGCGUACAGAUGCAGUAUCCAUAUGGAGGACCCUAUAGUAGUUGCUACCGGCAAAGCUAGGAGGACUUCAGUAUAUAAACCUGACUCCCGCACUGGCUCGGGAUAUUCUUCCCCAUCAAUAGAUUGAGUCAGUUCCUCAUAGUGAGAGGUCCAAAAUGAUAAUGCACUCUUUGCUCUUUGUCUCUGCCCUCGCAGGCUCUACGCUUGCCUUUUCUGGUCACCACAGCUUCUCCAACUCGACCGUCCCCUCCCACCACUCAUCCACUUAUACUCUGCUUCCCACAGGCGGAGGAGGUAAGCCUACUCACACCGGUGGCAAUGGCAAUGGCACUGGCCGUCCCCAGCCUACAACGACCGUCGUCCCUGGCGGCGACUCUGGCUCUGUUUCAACCGUCACUGAGACCAUCACCAAGACGACGUUCAAGCCCUGCUCGACUCCCAUUCACACCCAGAGCGGCACCACCUACUACAGCACCUGGUUGACGACCUCUACCUACGAGACAACCACCUGCUACACCACCAACCUUCCACCAGCUACUACGGCCCCGGAAGUUCCUCCCCAGACCACAACCGUCAGCCUGCCCGGCCCAGGAAACAGCUGCCCUCCUCCAUCCACAGUCACGGUAACCGUCACUGUCGGCAGCGGUGGGAAUACAGGGACGCACACGCAGGCCCCAGCACCUGGUGGAGGCAGCGGAAGUGGCCCUGGUACUGGAACUGGCUCCGGACACUGCAAGCACUGCGAGACCAUCACCUACACCAACACCUACGGCUACACGACCACUAUCCCCACGAACACUGCUCCCACGCAGGCCACGGGAACAGGAACAACCACAAAGCCUACAGCCCCUGUUAGGACGGGUACUGCGCCCAGUCACAGUCAUACUCGGGGAUCACCAACCGGCACCGGGGGUGAGCAGGCUCCUACCGAGACGAAGACAUGGCAUUUCGAGAGGAGGAUGGUGAGGGUGUAGGCAUGACAAGGAAUGGUAUGGCAUCUUAAAGGAAUGGCGUGAUCUCUGUCUUCGCAAUAAUAAGGCUAGGAUAGCAUGGCGUUGGCGAAUUGUUUAGCGGCUGAGCUCUUUCUGUACCGGGCCUUGUCUUGUCUCUUUUAUCUCAGAUAUCUGCACUGCACUGCAUAUAGAUUAUCAUAGUAAUCCAUUGUUGCCUG